UUUUUUUUCGGGUUAAUUAUCAAUCCGCGAAUAAAUAUGAAAAUGGCCCAAGAAUUAAAUGAAAUAAAUUUAACCCACCAGGAGUUGCAAAUUCUUUCGGAGUUAGACAGCCGGCAGUUUGGGCUUCUCAAGUUAAACCAACCGGAACAUGCCAAAAAAAAGGCAUUGGUUGUGAAAGCUAUCAAGUAUCUGGAGAAGAUGCUGAUACAGGCCCAAGCUGAGCAGACUAAAAAACGGAAAAGAAAAGCCGACUGUCUAGAUGAUGAAAAUUAUAAAGAUAAAUUUGAUGAUGAGGAUAAAGGAAUUAGCAUAGAUCCUAAAACAUAUUGCAAAUUGGGCCAUUUUCAUUUACUUCUUGAAGAUUAUAGCAAAGCCAUGUCAGCGUACCAGAAGUUUUUCAAGUUAAAAGCCGACUACUGGAAGGACCCUUGCUUUCUUUUCGGACAAGGACUUUGUUAUUAUCACUUCAAUGCCUACCAGUGGGCUGUAAAAUCGCUGCAGAAGGUACUGUGGGUUGAUCCUAGUUUUUCACGUGCCUGUGAAGUUCAUGUGCGACUCGGGCUCUCGCACAAGGUUCUCUCAGACUUUGAUGCUGCUCUCAAACACCUGACACUUGCACUUAUUGACGCUAGUACACCAGCUUCAUUUACUAAACUUGAAAUAAGAUUCCACAUUGCCCACUUGUACGAGGUCCAAAGUAAAUAUCGGCUGGCCAAGGAGCACUACGAGGGCCUACUGAAGGAAAAAAAUUUGUCAACACAUCUGCAGUCGGAUAUUUGUCGUCAACUAGGAUGGAUGUACCACGUCGUUGACAGCUCGAUCCUAGGGGUGCAACAUAAGCAGCACAAGCAGCAUAAGCAUGCAUUUGCAAUCCAUCUUCUUCAGAAGUCUAUUGACGCUGAGCCGAAAAGCGGACAGAGCCUGUAUUUACUGGGCCGUUGUCUAGCAGCUGGUAAUAAAGUUCACGAAGCCUUCGUUGCUUAUAGGAAUUCUGUUGAGAAGACUGAAGGCAAUGCAGACACCUGGUGUAGUAUAGGUGUCCUUUAUCAGCAGCAAAAUCAACCUACGGAUGCUCUUCAAGCUUAUAUUUGUGCUGUGCAACUAGACAAGACUCAUUCUGCAGCCUGGACUAAUCUUGGGAUUUUGUAUGAAUCUGUUAAUCAACCAAAAGACGCGCUUGCUUGUUAUCUUAACGCUUCAAGGAGCAACAGUAAUUUAUCAAGUCCAACGACAGCAUUAGUUGGCUCAGGAGGUGUAAAGUCUGAUGGGAACGUAUCUAUGAAUCCAUCUUUACAUCAGCGAAUAAGUUUUCUCCAGAGUCAUCUAAGUCAAGCUCCGAUGCCAUCUGUUGCAACAAAAAAACGCCCGUUUCCGUCAAUUGAAGAAGCAUGGAAUUUACCAAUAAGCGCCGAGAUGUCUAGUAGACAACAGCAGCAGCCUGCGAACCAGGCAGGUUAUAAAUACAAUGCGACAACACCUUCAGGACCCCCGCCACCGUACCCUCAAGGUCAAGGACCAGCUGUCACCACUAAAAGAUUUAAGGCUGGCGAGGAGCCGAUUUUGGCACCGCAGCCGCAGCCACAGCAACAACAGCCCCAGCAGCAGCGACCACCCUUUUACCUGACGACCCAGCAACUUCAAAUGCUCCAGUUUUUCCAACAAAACCAGGGAAAUUUGACCCAGCAGCAGCAGACUGUGCUGCAACAACUCCAAGUCCAGUAUCGACUUAUGCAGCAACAUCAGCAGCAGCUUAGAAUUCAGCAGCAGCAAGCCGCUCAGCGGGGAUUAAGACCUGGUCAGCCUGGAUAUCCUACAGUUUACACAAACGUCAGAGAAGGACAACAGCAAGUUCAGCCAGGUGUAAUAAAAACCUACGGGAUGUCACAACAGCCCCAGGGAGGCACAGUAGCACUGCAAACAGGAUUUUCCGACUCGAAUGUCGCUUACAAUACCGCAGCAACUGGCAACGCGCAGCAAAGUCCAGGCAUGCCUUACAAGUCCGCAGCAGACUCGAGCUACACCCAGCGAGCUGGCCAGUACAAUCACUACCAAGCGAACCAGUACGGGACCCAGGGAUACACCCAGAUAACAUCAACCACCGGGAACAACUACCCGGAGAGCAGCGUAGGUUCCAAGGACAUAAACGUGACGGACCAAGAGCUGCACGCUCUCCUGUCUCAGAAGGACCUCGCGACGACUCUUGCGGAAGAUCUUCUCAAGCACUUCGGGUCCGAGGAUCUCGACGAGAAAGAAGACCCGAUCCCGAUAAUGAACAACGGGACCCUGAGCUCGGGUCCGUUCUCGCCCUCUAACCUCGACAGCGAGCGGAUCAAGGAAGUUAAAGUAGAAAGAGUCGACCCGGACUGUGAAAUAAACUCGCUCGCCGACAGUGUAAAGUGUGAAGCAACUUCUAGCACUAAUAAUAGUAACAAUAAUAAUAAUAAUAAUAGUAAUAGUAAUAUUAAUAUUAGCAAUAGAAUUGACUCAAUACGUAGCAACAGUAGCAAUAGUACCAGCGAGCCGGUGUUGAAACUAGAAAGUCUCCGAGAGUCACCGGUAAAUCCCGAGUUCUCAAUCGACAUGGACGCCAAGAGUAUUAUCGAAGCUUGCAAAGGCCAGGGUUUGAAAGGCGUGCCAAAUUGCUCAAUACUUUCAGACCGCUCGCCUCCACCAGCGCCUCCAGAGGCUCCAGCCCAGAGACUGACCCGCGAGCAGCUUCUGCCGCCGACGCCCAGCGUGUAUUUAGAGAAUAAAAAGGAUGCAUUUAGUCCGCAGUUGCAGGAAUUUUGUCUCAAGCAUCCGAUAGCUGUGAUUCGCGGGCUUGCGGCAGCGCUCAAGCUCGACCUCGGUCUCUUCUCGACCAAGACCCUGGUCGAGGCGAACCCUGACCACGGGAUAGAAGUGAGGACCCAGAUGCAGCAGACCAGCGACGAAAACUGGGACCCGGUCAUGUCCAGGAAGGUCUGGGGCUGCAUCAGCCACCGCAGUCACACGACUAUUGCCAAGUACGCCCAAUACCAGGCCUCCAGUUUCCAGGAGAGCCUCAAGGAGGAGCGCGAGAAGUCCCAGGGCAUCCACACGGCUAAUCUGUCCGACUCCGACUCCAAGGACAGCACUGGGGUCGUCAAGAGGAAGAAGAAUUCCUACGGGCUGGCUGGACGCCCGGGGUCCAAGAUGCUCAGGUUCGGCACCAAUGUCGACUUGUCUGAUGAGAGAAAGUGGAAGACCCAGCUCCAGGAACUGAUGAAGCUCCCCGCGUUUGCUAGGGUUGUUUCUGCUGGAAACAUGCUCAGUCAUGUGGGGCAUGUUAUCUUGGGCAUGAACACUGUCCAGCUGUACAUGAAGGUCCCGGGGAGCAGAACUCCCGGCCAUCAGGAGAACAACAACUUCUGCUCGAUUAAUAUCAACAUCGGGCCGGGUGACUGCGAGUGGUUCGCUGUUCCAGAUGCUUACUGGGGAGUUAUUCACAACUUGUGCGAAAGGAAUAAUAUCAAUUAUCUUCAUGGGAGCUGGUGGCCCUCCCUGGAGGACUUGUACGAUGAGAACAUCCCGGUUUACAGAUUUUUACAGCGACCUGGAGACCUCGUCUGGGUCAAUGCUGGAUGUGUUCACUGGGUACAAGCUGUUGGCUGGUGUAAUAAUAUUGCUUGGAACGUGGGACCAUUGACGGCGAGGCAGUACCAAUUGGCCAUUGAACGCUACGAGUGGAACAAGCUACAGUCAUUCAAGUCCAUUGUUCCUAUGGUUCAUUUGUCCUGGAACUUGGCCAGGAACAUCAAGGUUUCUGAUCCCAGGCUCUUUGAACUUAUUAAGAACUGCUUGCUCAGGACUAUGAAGCAGUGCUGUAUUAUUUUGGAGUUUGUCAAGAGCAAGGGGGUUGAAGUUAGAUUCCAUGGCAGAGGAAAGAAUGAAGCGUCUCAUUACUGCGGACAAUGUGAAAUUGAAGUUUUCAACAUUUUAUUCAUUCGAGAACAAGAAAAACGUCACGUGGUCCACUGCAUGGACUGUGCCCGAAAACAAGCCCCGUCUCUCGAAGGCUUUGUGUGCCUUGAAGAGUACAGAAUGCGUGAUUUAAUGGAUGUUUACAACGGAUUUACACUUCACACGACCUCAAUUUCCUCAGCGAUUUCUGCGCCGCAGUCCAGCCAGACUUCUUGAGGAUUUGUUAUGGAGCACAGAUAUUCCGACGAGUUAGAAACCCUGGAGUAGAGGAUCUACUUUACGACUCGAAUGUCUGUGAGGCCAACAAUUCACUAUAAUUAUUAAAAACAGAUUACUAUUAUUACAGUAAUAAGUAAGUAAACAAAAAGCCUCGUCCACGUACCUGAGAGUUACUUUGUAUUGUGGAAAGAAAGAUAAAACUCGUAUGGUGAGAGAGCGUGGAACCUUACCUAUAGUUUUUUUGUUUUAUUUUUUAACUUAGUUAGAACUAUUUGUACAAAUAAUUAACCUAAUUA